AUGCCUGUGCAUUUAAAAGGGAUAGUCUUAGGAGAUUCUGAGACUGGAAAAUCAAGUUUUCUGCAAGCAAUUUGCUCGAAUAAAGCAAAUUUGCAAGAUUUUCAAGUAGAAACAAUUGACCCAGCUACAAAAACUAGCUUAGUUUUUCAUCUAGAAGAAGCAAAUCAAUUUUUGAAUGGGCUUACACAAUAUCCUUGCAUAUUUCUUAUGUAUUCGCUGGCCAAUUAUGCAUCCUUUUUGUCAGUAAAAGAAAACUGACUUCCGCAAGUUCUUUCUACUAUAAGUUUAGGCUAGAUUAUUAAAGUAAGGCAUUAGCCAUAUUGGUGACGAAGUAACCAAAAACCUUCCAUAUGGGAGGCUCAUUCGCUUUUCGACUCCAGCCAAGGGGGUCUUCCCCAAAGGUGGAUGCCACUUCCGGUACCUUCUGUCUCCUCCUUGCAUUGCAACUUCAGUCUUGAGUGUUUAUGGACUUUUGCUGCAGGCUAUUGGAGUUUGGUAAUUCCAAAGAUCAACUACCCGAAGUCUCUCGGUGCCAAAAUGCGUUCGUUCGACAGCUAUAGGAAAAAAAGACUACUGUGGCCUGGGCCGAACCCCAAGUUUUUCGGUAGAGAAUGCCGAUGGUCCUCGAAUCCAAAGGAUUUUGAUGAACAUCUCCAUUUCCAACCACGUGAAAGCAGCCCAAACCUAUCCUGUAUAUAUCUCUUGAACCUGCACUUGAUUUUAGGCUUGGAGUCCGUCCCAAUUCGCCAUAGCCACAAGAUCCAGACUGCUGCACCAAGAGGGCAGAUUGGCGCGUGUCACCAAUUUAAUUUAUAUCCUUUCUACAAUAAAAAAUGAUUUUUCAUUUAUUAUCAUAAUUGGGACACACAAUGAUCUUAUCAAUGAGCGAGAAGUCGACUCACAAGAAGCCGAAGAAUUUGCUACCUCAAAUGGUGUUUUUCAUAUGGAAAUUUCUUCUAUAAAUAGAAGAAACAUUGAGCUGACUUUAAAAGUCAUGAGAAUUCGCGCAACCUAUUUAAUAAAAAAGCACCCAGAGAUGACAGACCUACAGCCAGAAAAUGAUUUUGUUAAUAUUUCAAGUCCAAAAGCAUCAGAAAUAAGUGAAGAAGUAGAAAGGAAUGUAGAUAUAAUUGACGAGUUUAGUUUAUAUCACAUCGAGGAAAAUAAUUUGCAUCUUGAAAAUGAAUUUAACAAGUGUCAAAAUAUUAUUACAGAUAUUCCAAUGUCUUUUAGCGAUUAUAAAGAAAUGAAAAAGAAAAAAGAUCGCUAUGAAAAAUGCAAGGAUGGAGUCUUAGCUGAAAUUCCUAUUAAUAUUCUUAAUGAAAAGUCAAAAGCCCAAGUAUUUGAAGAGAAUAUUAGUUUUGCUAAUAUCAGCGAAAUAUCAAAGGAAGAAUUCAAUUUUUCAGAGACCGUGGAAGACUUUUUCCCUGAUGCUUAUGAAAAUAUGGAUAGAUUAGAAGAUUGCCCUAUAAAUAUUGAAACCCUAGGUAGCCCUUCAUGGCAGAAACAACGGAAAGUGCCACCUUUGACGAUUAUAUCGCAGCCUUCAAUGAUAUCUAUGUGCCCACCAAAAACAGAAAGAAGGACAGCCCCUAAUACUCAGAUUAACAGCGGUCAUAAUACAGAAAGAAUUAUAAAAGACCCUCUUUUGUUUUUAGAUGUGAAAACAAAAGAUGGAAUUAAAAGAAUAAAUGUAUACCCAGGAGAUACUGCUCAAAAUUUAGCUGAAACUAUAUUAGGAAAUUGUCCUGAAGCAGAAGAUUUAGGCAAUUUAAUCGAGAACGAAAUCAAUAAAUAUUGCAAUGAAAUCAGAAGUAUCCAGAAUUCAAAGAAAAAUAAAAUUUUAUAUAAAGUUAAUGUGAGGCUUGGAGAAAAAGCACUUGAAAUUGUGGUAAAGGAAGGUGAUAAGGUUGAAGAUUUAGCUAAAAAAUUCGUAGAAAGUAAUAAGCUUUCAAGAGAUGUUGAAGCAACUGUGUUUAAAUUGCUUAUUGAAGCUGAAAAAAGACAGAAAAAAUCUAAAGCAAUUUAA